AUGGACAGUAUGACCGUCGACAAUGCCACCGCCAACGCCACCGCCACUGGCGAAUCAUCCACCGCUGCUCUCGCGCAGACUCCAUCCAACGCACCCAACCUCGACGGCAUCCUGCUCCUCGAAGCACCCUUCGCAAAAGUACCGUUCGACGAGCUGCGACGACAGCAAAAGACGCAGCAGCGCUUGAUCGAACGAGAACUCCUUUUUGCCAGCACUACAUUCAACGAAGUUUCCAAAACUCUUUCGCCUCCUUCUUCCUCUGCAGCAUCGGCGACGACGACGGCGGGCGAGGUGGAGAAGUCACUUGAUGCAGUGCUCGGUCGUCUGAAAGGGCUGAAACGCAAAUUGGCUCCGCUGUCAGAUGCCGCCAAAUCGUCGCUCCGCAUGGCCCAGAGCCGCACAGAUCAUCUGUCAGCUUUACACCACACGACAAGACUGGAAUCGACCGAGUUCGCCGAAUGGAGCAAGACCCGCCUGGAUCGCAUGAUCGUCGACUACAUGCUGAGGCGCGGGUAUCGACAGGCAGCCGCCGAGUUGGCGCAGGCUCGAGGGAUCCAGGAUCUGGUGGAUCUGCAGCUGUUUGAGGAGGUGGCGCGCAUCGAGGAUUCCUUGUGUCCUCCCGGCUGGAAUACAAACGCAGAAGAGGAGGAGCGCCGGCCAAGCUGCACGCUAGCUCUGGCAUGGUGUUCCGAGAACAAAGCGACGCUGCGAAAGAUCCGCACGCCAUUGGAAUUCAAUCUGCGUCUGCAAGAAUUUGUCGAGCUCACGAGGGUCAGGACUCCCGAAAGCAUCAAGGAGGCCAUCACUUAUGCUCGCCGACACCUGUUGCCCCUCGUCACCACUAAAGCGACGGCGGGAGCGGCGGGGGAUAAAGAGGCCGAGUACGACUGGCUAGCGGCGGAAGCGAUGCGCCGCGAAGUCUCACGCGCAAUGGGGCUGCUCGCCUGCGGUCCCACCAGCUGGGCCUACGCCGACCUGUACAGUCUAGCUCGAUGGAGCAUGCUCCGCGAAUCCUUCCGGGCUUGUGCGCUGCAGAUCCACUCGCUUCCCCCGCAACCUAUCCUCCACAUUGCCCUCAGCGCAGGCCUCUCAUCGCUCAAGCUGCCCCAGUGCUACCUGCACUCGACAUCGGCCGUGUCGGCGGGCAAGAACACGGACUGCCCCAUCUGCGACACGACCGGUCUCGGCCUGCUCGCCCAAGAAGUGCCCUGGAGUCACCACCAGAACUCGACGCUCGUGUGCAGCCAUUCGGGCAAGAUCAUGGACGAGAACGACCCGCCGCUGGCUCUCAGCAACGGGCGCGUGUAUGCGCAGUCGACCGUGCUCGAGCUCGUCGACGCCACAGCGAGGGGGCUGAGCGACGUCGAGCGCGCGGCAACGGGUGGUGCCGGUCAAGCCGAGGCCAAGAGGCUCGUCCGGUGUCCGAGGACGAGCGAGCUGUGCAAGGUUGAUGAGGUUCGCAAGGUGUUCAUUUCGUAG